AUGCCACCUCUCGCGGAGCUUCGACACACUAUCCGGAAGCAGCUUAAGACCCUGCGCAGAGCUGAAUGGCAUAGGAGACGGAGGGUGGAGAGAGCCAGGAAGCGAAGUUCCUUCAUAGCCAACCCCUUUCGUUUUGCUAAGCAGUUGUUGGGACAGAAACGAAGCGGACGUCUCGAGUGUUCCCAGGAAGAGGUGGACAACUUUCUGCACAAUACCCUCAGCGACCCAGUCAGAGAGCAAGGACUUGGACCACAGACAGCCCUUAGGGUCAUGCCAACCCCUACAGUGGAGUUUAACACCUCAGAACCCACUUGGAAGGAAGUCCAGGAGGUGGUAACAGCAGCCAGAGCCAGCUCCACUCCAGGCCCCAGUCAAGUACCCUACAAGGUGUACAAGCGCUGUCCAAACCUCCUCAGAAUUCUAUGGAAGUUGCUGCGAGUGAUUUGGCGGAGGGGAACCAUUGCAGACCAAUGGAGACAGGCGGAGGGUGUCUGGAUACCAAAGGAGGAGAACUCAACCAGGCUGGAGCAGUUCCGAUCCAUUUCACUUCUCAGUGUGGAGGGGAAGGUCUUCUUCAGUAUCCUUUCCAGAAGGAUGACAGACUUCCUCUUGAAGAACAAGUACAUCGACACCUCAGUACAGAAAGGUGGCAUUCCUGGAGUUCCUGGCUGCCUAGAACACACCGGAGUAAUUACCCAGCUGAUCAGGGAGGCACGAGAAGGGAAGGGGGACCUGGCAGUGCUGUGGCUGGACCUAGCUAACGCAUAUGGGUCAAUUCCCCACAAGCUGGUGGAAACCACUCUGGACCGUCAUUACAUACCCGAUAAGAUCAAGGACCUCAUCCUGAACUACUAUGGGAACUUCAGGUUGAGAGUGACAUCAGGGAGCAUAACAUCCAAUUGGUAUCGGCUCGAGAAAGGGAUUAUAACUGGUUGUACAAUCUCAGUUAUCCUGUUUGCCCUUGCCAUGAAUAUGUUGGUGAAGGCAGCUGAGAUGGAGUGUAGAGGCCCCCUGUCCAAGUCUGGAAUUCGUCAGCCCCCCAUUCGAGCCUUCAUGGAUGACCUGACAGUUACCACUACGUCAGUGCCUGGAUGCCGGUGGAUCCUUCAAGGCCUGGAAAAGCUCAUUUGUUGGGCUAGGAUGAGCUUUAAACCAAUCAAAUCUAGGUCCAUGGUCCUGAAGAGAGGGAAAGUGGUGGACAAGUUUCGCUUCUGUGUGGACGGUGUAACGAUACCAACGAUCACUGAGAAACCAGUCGUAAGCCUAGGCAAGGUUUUCGACUGCAGCCUCAGAGACACAGCAUCGGUCCGAAUUACCAUUAAGAAGCUUGAAGCCUGGUUGUCCACAGUAGAUAAAUCUGGCCUUCCUGGCAGGUUCAAGGCAUGGUUAUACCAACAUGGCAUUCUGCCCCGCAUCCUCUGGCCGCUGUUAGUGUACGAGGUGACUAUGUCCACUGUUGAGACCCUGGAGAGAAAGAUCAGUUCUUUCCUCCGAAGAUGGCUGGGCCUGCCACGCAGUCUAACUAGUGCAGCAUUAUACAGCAGAAGCAACAAACUCCAGCUUCCUUUCAGCAGCCUGGAGGAGGAAUUUAGAGUUUCUCGUACAAGAGAGGCACUUGUUUAUCGAGAAUCCAGCGACUCCAGAGUUGCUUCAGCAGGCAUUGUGGUGAAGACUGGCAGGAAGUUCAGAGCUCAAGAGGGGCAAGAACUGGCAGAAUCUCGUCUAAGGCACAGGGCUUUGGUGGGCACGGUGGCCGUUGGACGAGCAGGGCUGGGGUCAUUCCCACAGCCACGGUUCCACCGGGCCCAGGGAAAGGACAGACGCCACCUUGUCCUGGAGGAGGUACGGGCAGGUGUUGAGGAGGUGAGGACCAGCAGGAUGGUGAGCAUGCAGCAGCAAGGAGCAUCAGCAAGAUGGGAAGGAGCGCUGGGGAGGAAGCUGACCUGGAAUGACAUCUGGAAGGCAGAGCCACAGCGUAUCAAGUUCAUGGUCCAAGCUGUGUACGAUGUGCUACCAAGCCCUGCUAACUUAUACGUUUGGGGGAAGUGCGACCUUUCAACGUGUCCCCAAUGCCCAGGAAGGGGCACAUUGGAGCACAUCCUUAGCAGCUGCCCAGCAGCCCUUGGAGGUGGACGCUACCACUGGCGCCAUGACCAGGUGCUGAAGACAGUAGCUGAGACCAUAGCUACUGCAGUGGCUAACAAUAUACACACCCGAAGCCGGAGGGUAGUACCCUUUGUGAAAGCUGGAGAGAAGCCACGACCACAGCCAAUUCCAACAUCCAGCCUACUUUCAUCGGCAUCAGACUGGGAACUGCGAGUUGACUUGGGCAAGCAGCUCAAGUUUCCAGAGUAUGUUACAUCAACCUCAUUGAGACCAGAUGUAGUGCUGACUUCUGUCUCUUCUAAGCAAGUCCUCUUAUUAGAAUUAACAGUCCCUUGGGAGGACCGCAUGGAAGAAGCCAACGAACGGAAGCGGCUUAAAUACCAAGAGCUCAUAGAGGAAUGUCGGAGAAGAGGCUGGAAAGCCCGCUGCGAGCCAAUAGAGGUGGGAUGUCGAGGCUUUGCGGCUCGCUCCCUAUGUAAAGUCUACACCUUACUUGGCAUCACUGGAGCUGCAAAAAGAAAAGCCAUCAAGUCCACCACAGAGGCUGCAGAGAGAGCCUCCAGGUGGAUUUGGAUGAAGAGGUCUGAAACGUGGGCCAAUGCUGCUGGGACACAAGUUGGGGCCUGAUCAGCCCUGGCUGGGUCGCCUGAAGGAGGGUGUCUGAUGUUGCGAGACCCGAAACACCCAAAGAUCUCAGGAAACAUCACUGAUGAUGUGUCCCAGGGCAUCUACGGAUGUAUCUAUU